UGUCUUGUUUUUAUACUUAUAAAAAGAAUAUUUUUAGAAUAUACGAACAUGUCCAAUGUCGAAUUAUUAUUACUGUUCAUACGAUUUUAUUAAUAGCGAUUGCUUCAUAAACAGGUGUUUGUUGCUAAGCCGUUGACUCUACAAACUAUACAAAAAUACCCUUGAAGAGUCCUACAAUCAUAAUAAUCAUCCCAAAGAACACUGAGGGCAUUUCGGGCAAUUACCAAUAAACAAACAAAAUGGGGGAGCGAGGGAAGGUCCAAAAUCUGAAUUCGAUAACAUUUUAUAUAACGCGUGUGAUAAUCGUGUUCUUGACCGUCCAUUUCAUUCAUAACACUGAUUAAACUUUUUAAAAAAAUCUUCUCGUUAUUUGGCUUCUGCUUCUCAUCAAUCAAUCAAUCAUAUUAUAUACGGACAAUACUAUUUUCAGUUUCUCGGGUUCCUGCUGCGUUCUUCGGCUCCCAUCACUUGACUUUGAAGUUUUCAAACGCGUCUCUUGAUUUCGAUUUCGCGGUUGUCUCAGUUUAUCUUAGAGGUUAUAGGUUCGAAUCGUGUUGAGAGAGGUGAACUUGAAUCUCUGCGUUUCUCGAGCUAGAGUUUAUUAUUACACAGCAGCUCUGAGGAUAUUGAAACCGUCCUCAUAAAGAUGCUGGUGUCUGCACUUUUAAUGUCCGUUGGGAUAAACUCGUGCCUCUGUGUACUGCUCUUCAUACUCUACUCUAUCCUGAGGAAGCAGCCGCACAACUACGAAGUCUUCCUACCGCGCCGGCUCGUGGCAGGGACCUCUAAAAGAAGACGCAACAAGGUCGCUAGGUACAUCCCUUCCGUUCGCUGGAUUUGGAAAUCGUGGAGGCCAUCCGAAGAGGAACUCAUGGCAUCAUCUGGCUUGGACGGCGUCGUCUUUAUGAGAAUGAUUACUUUCAGUUUGAAAGUGUUCUUGUUUGCUGGGAUCAUUGGGGUUUUUGUUAUCUUGCCUGUCAACGUCUUCGGUGAUCAGCUUACUCAGAUUAACUAUUCUGACUGGUCUGCCAAUUCCUUGGAUAUAUUCUCUGUUGUUAACCUCAAUACUCGCUCACCAUGGCUAUGGGUUCACUUUGGAGCUAUAUAUCUUGUGACUGCUUUCGUCUGCUGUCUUCUUUACUUGGAAUUCAGAUAUAUUGGCAUGAAAAGGAUUGAGCAUUUCCAUUCAUCAAAACCUCAGCCAAAUCAGUUCACCAUCUUGGUCCGUAAUGUCCCUUCUUCUGAUGGAGCCACUGUGAGCGACACUGUUGAUAGGUUCUUUAGAGAAAAUCAUUCCUCUACCUACCUGUCUCAUGUGGUUAUCCAUCGAACAAGUAAGCUUCGAAGCGUCGUUGAUAAUGCCAAGAAGUUAUAUAAAAAAGUUCAUCAUAAGAAGCAGGCAGAUCCCCAGCGGGUUAAAAAGACGCCAAUGAGAUUCUUCAGUCGCAAGGACACUCCUGAGGGUCACUAUGAGAAAGUCUUACAGGAAUUGGAACACAACAUACGUUUGGGGCAAGCUGAAGUUUCAUCACCUGGAAAGGAAGUUAGAGCUGCGUUUGUAUCAUUCAAGUCACGUUACGGUGCUGCAAUGGCACUCCACAUGCCACAAUCAGUCAACCCCACUUACUGGCUCACUGAACCAGCGCCAGAGCCUCAUGAUGUCCACUGGCCUUUCUUCUCUGCAUCGUUUAUGCAGAAAUGGCUUUCUAAAAUUGUGAUUGCGUUCGCUUGUCUCAUCCUUACCGCCUUGUUUCUUGUUCCAGUCGUGCUCGUCCAAGGUCUCACCAACCUCUCUGCGCUAGAAUACUUCUUCCCCUUCCUGACCUUGAUUCUAUCAAUGAAAAUUGUAAGUCAGAUCAUAACUGGGUACCUUCCAAGUCUUAUACUUCAGACAUCUCUGAAAAUAGUACCACCCAUCAUGGAGUUUCUCUCUUCUUUCCAAGGCCACAUCUGCCACAGCGACAUUCAAAAGAGUGCUUGCAACAAAGUGAUCUGGUUCACAAUAUGGAACGUGUUCUUCGCAACUGUUUUCUCUGGCUCAGCCUUCUACAAGCUCUCUGUGAUUCUCGACCCAAAGGAGAUUCUUUUCAAGCUGGCUGUGGCUGUUCCAGCUCAGGCAUCGUUUUUCAUCGCCUAUGUGGUGACAACAGGGUGGACGGAUACUCUUACUGAACUCUUCCGCGUAGUUCCCUUCAUGGUCAGCUACGUGAAGAGAUCGCUUGAACCAACGGAAGAAGAGUUUGAAGUCCCGCCAAUGCGGUACCACAGAGACACCCCGAGAGUGCUCUUCUUCGGGCUUCUUGGGAUUACAUACUUCUUCUUAGCUCCGUUGAUUCUCCCUUUCAUCUUUCUCUACUUUGUCCUUGCGUACAUCAUCUACCGUAACCAGUUCAUAAACGUGUACGAACCAAAGUAUGAAACAGGAGGGAUGUUUUGGCCGAUGAUACACUAUACGAUGAUAUUCUCUCUUGUGCUCAUGCACGGUAUCGCAAUUGGUUUAUUUGCUCUCAAGAAGAUGGAACUAGCUACCUACUUGCUUAUUCCUCUUCCGGUUUUCACUCUUCUCUUCAACGAGUUCUGUCGUAAACGCUUCAUGCCUAUAUUCACCGCCUAUCCCGCCGAGGUGUUGACGAAGAGGGAUAGGGAAGAUCAAAACGAUCCAAGAAUGGGUGAGUUUUACGAUAACUUGGUCAGUGCGUACCAAGAUCCAGCUCUGCGCCCGCUUCGAUUCUCAGGAAGCAGAAACGAUAGCCUCACUAGUCCUCUUCUCUCUUCCACUUCGAGUGAAGUUUGAUUUCUCUUCUAUUCUAUAUAGCUUUGCCUUUGUACACACUUGUGAAUAUAUGCUUCACUUAUACCUCAAAACUUUAGUGAUUUAUAUAUCGAAACUCGAUAUCAAUUUAUUUUAAUGAUUUUAUUUGUAAA